CUGAGGCUGCGGCCUCCUCCACGGCGGCGGCGGGGCGGCGGCGGCCGGGCGGCGGCGAUGCUGUGGCCGCGGCUGGCGGCGGCUGAGUGGGUGCCCCUGGUCUGGGAGCUGCUGGGCGCCUCGGUGCUGCUCAUCGCGGUGCGCUGGCUGGUGCGGCGGCUGGAGAAGCGGCCGCGGGGCCUGGGCCGGAGCGGGCCUCCAGCCCCGCCGCCCGGCGCGCCCACGAACUCGGCCUUAGACCCAGACAUAAAAAAUCACAGAGUAUGACGCAGAUACACACAUGUGAAAAGAUGCUCAACGUUUCCAGCCAACAGUGAAAUACAAAUUAAACCUAAAAUGAGAUAUGACACCCAUUAAGAUGGCUAAAAUAAAAAUACCACAAGGUGCUGGUGGAAAUGUUGAGAAAACUGGGUCUCUCAUUUACUGCUGGUGGAAAUAAUAAGGUUCAGCUACUCCAAAAUCAGUCUGGCAGUUGCUCAAAAACGUGAAAUGACAAUGGAUGCCAUCUUGGCGCGACUGAAACUCCUGAAUCCCGAUGACCUUAGAGAAGAAAUUGUGAAAGCCGGAUUGAAAUGUGGACCCAUUACAUCAACUACAAGGUUCAUUUUUGAGAAAAAAUUGGCUCAGGCUUUAUUAGAGCAUGGAAGAACACUGCCUUCACAUCCUCCUGGCCUCGACACCUCAGGUGCCACUACUCUAAGCCAAGAUGCACAAAGGAUUUUGAAGUCUGCUGUAGGGAGCCAGGUUGAGCAGGUCGGCUUGUCUGAAGACAGAGAUUUUGGCUAUAGCAUGGGCUUGAAUCCUCCAGAGGAAGAUGUCGUGACAUCUAAGACCUGCUCCAUGACCUUCAGUGCCGCCACUGGGGUCAAUGGCCACAAAGCUGUAGCGAGGGCGCCUACGGAGCCGCCUCUGUACUAUGGGGUGUGCCCGGCGUACGAGGACACCCCAGCGAGAAAUGAAAGGAUUCAUGUUUAUGAAGAUAGAAAGGAAGCAUUACAAGCUGUCAAAAUGAUCAAAGGAUCUCGAUUUAAAGCUUUUUCAAGUAGAGAAGAUGCUGAGAAAUUUGCUAGAGGAGUUUGUGAUUAUUUCCCUUCUCCAAGCAAAGCCUCUUCACCACUUUCUCCUGUGAAAAUAGCACCGUUCUUUGGCAGCGGUGGACUGAAAGAUGGUUUGUACUCCUCUGAGUCAGAAACUAUAAACAGAGAACGAGCAAACAGUUAUAAAACCCCCCGUACUCAGGAUCUCACUGCCAAACUUCGAAAAGCUGUGGAGAAGGGAGAAGAAGACAUUUUUUCUGAUCUCACCUGGAGUAACCCCCGGUAUCUGAUUGGUUCAGGGGAUAAUCCAACCAUCGUGCAGGAAGGAUGUAGGUACAACGUUAUGCAUGUUGCUGCCAAAGAGAACCAAGCUUCGAUCUGCCAGCUGACUCUGGAGACCCUGGAAAACCCUGAGUUUAUGCGGCUCAUGUACCCAGACGAUGACCCGAACAUGCUGCAGCAGCGCAUUUGUUACAUCGUGGACCUGUAUCUGAACACUCCUGAUAAAGCGGGCUAUGACACACCGUUGCACUUUGCUUGUAAGUUUGGGAAUGCAGAUGUGGUCAACGUGCUGUCUUCACACCCUUUGAUUGUAAAAAAUCCAAGGAAUAAAUAUGAUAAAACUCCUGAAGAUGUCAUUUGUGAAAGAAGCAGAAAUAAGUCUGUGGAACUGAAGGAGCGGAUUAGAGAGUACUUAAAGGGCCACUACUACGUGCCACUCUUGAGAGCCGAGGACACAUCCUCUCCAGUGAUUGGGGAGUUGUGGUCUUCAGACCAGACGACCGAGACCUCUCACAUCGGCCAUGGUGGAGGCGGCCCCAGAGACCCUGUUCUGACCUUGCGAGCCUUUGCAGGGCCCCUGAGCCCAUCCAAGGCAGAAGAUUUUCGCAGGCUCUGGAAAACGCCGCCUCGGGAGAAAGCAGGCUUCUUUCACAACGUCAGGAAGACGGAUCCAGAAAGAGGCAUCGAGAGGGUGGGAAGGGAGCUGGCUCAUGAGCUGGGGUAUCCAUGGGUCGAAUACUGGGACUUUCUGGGCUGUUUUGUUGAUCUGUCUUCCCAGGAAGGUCUGCAAAAACUAGAAGAAUAUCUCACUCACCAGGAAGCAGGCAAAAAAGCCCAACAGGACUCAGGAGAAAAUGAGGCCUAUCAUCAGGAGAGCCCCUCUGCCCUUGGCCGUGCUCGGAAGUGCAGCAAUUCCAUCUCUGUGAGGGCAUUUCUGGAUGAAGACGAUGACUUGAGCUUGGAGGAGAUUAAAAAUCGACAGAACACGGCUCGAAACAACACCCAGCCCACAGUUAGCGCUUUUGGGGACUCGAAGUGUGACAUCCUUCCCUUGGAGCAGGAGACCAACCUUAUAGAAGCCUCCACCCUGACCAGUCCCCACAGCAGCAAGAAUGGGUUCUGUAGCCCCCUGAGUGGCAGCAGGACCCUGGGCAGGAAGAGGCCAGAGGCCCCCGGCACAGGGGAAGCUCUCAUCUCACCGGUCUCAGGCUUAAUGGUCAAGUUCGAUAAACUGAAUUUGCAAGGUCUAGAAAGUAAUUUUUCUAAGACACCAAGUAAAAAUAUGAAAACUAGAGACAAGAAGAGCUUGACAUCAAGAGUGGAUGCAGUCGAGAGUGACUUGUUAGAGCCGCCUGCUGCUGACACACUUAGAAACAACCAAACCAGGACAGAACGCGAAAUGUCAGCCAAAAUGGCUAAGAUACGUCUGGGUCCCGACACUCCUGUGCAUGAGGCUCAGCAGAACUGUGGUUCCGUGUCCUCAGAGCCCUCAGGGAUCUCCGCUACGAAGGAGCCUGUCCAGAGGCUCUUCCUUUUUGGAGAGGAGCCGUCAAAACUGGAUCGAGAUGUUUUGGCAGCUCUGGAGUGUACAGACGUGGACCCUCAGCAGUACCCAGCCGUCCACAGAUGGAAGAGUGCCAUCCUGUGCUACUCCCCCUCUGACAGACAGAGUUGGCCAAGUCCUGCGCUGAAAGGGAAGCUGGAGUCUCAGCAGCUGGAUCUUGGUUGUCCCCACAGCUGCAGCCCGGGGAGAAGCCCCGGGAAGCCUGGGCCCGCACCCCACUCCCCGGGCCUGGGCAGCCCUGGGCGCUAUAGCCCCGCAAAUGGGAGCCACCUCCGCAGAAUGGCGCGCCUGGCCCAGCUCACAGCCUUGUAGAGCUGGGGCAAGCUGCUGGGCGUCUCAUUGUCUUGUUUCUAAAGGAAGAAGGGUCAUGUGUUUAUUGCUAGAAUUUACCAAAAAGAAUAGACUUUGAUUAAUUUAUUAGUCCUCAUUUUGAGAGUAAAAGAUUUUUAGAAAGUGCAGAUGUUUUGUAUAAAAUUUAGUUUUCUGGUGUUUUGGGAGAAGCUGAUGGAAGCAAAUCCAGUUACAAACUUUCUGAAAAUCGUCAGUGUGUAACGAUGUGGACUUAAGUUCGCCAUUCCCAAGCGUCAGACGCCAUUCCCAUUGUGUGUGCACCAGAAACCCAGGUGAAUGCUGGGGCUGGGCUGCCCGUAGCUGCACUCGCUUCAACUCCGUUCUUAACAACAAAGAUGAAUUUAGUGCCAUCUUCCUUUUCUGGGAAGGGUCUCUGACUUUAGUUCCUGAUGGAAAAUCUUUGUUUUGCCAGUCGGUCCCAGUGGGUUCAACCAGUUGAUAAGGUGGAUGUCAGAGUAAACAAACCUGGAAAUGACUUACACUUGCAAGUUUGGGUCAUUACAAACAUUUAAACUAGUGUCCAGAAGAUAAAACUAGCUUUUGUCUGGGGAAUAAAUCCUCUGGUCCAUGGGAGUCCUGGGAACGGUCCCAGCCUUUGACAGACCAGCAGCCCUAAGGAAUCUGCACUUCUUGUUCCUUCGUUUAGUUGCCGGGGUAGUGCCGAUAAAAUGAUCUUUAAGUUCUCCGGUUUUGAGAUUUAUUGCAUAUUUCCAAAUUCACUUCCUUUGGAUUUCCUUUAUAAAAGAGUGUUGUGUUUUAGUACAGAAACUAGAGAUUUAUCUUUUGAGUCCUGGUCAGUUACCUUACUGCAUUUAUUUUAGCUUCCUCUUGGCCAUGACCUUCUGGGGGGGCUCUGCCUGGAGCAUGGGGGUCACCUUAGAACCACUGCCACGAUUGAUACCCAAAACUACACACCUGAGUUGAGGGUUGACUUCUCUCCGGUG